GGAGAGCUGGUGGACAAUGGUCUGGGUCUGUGGGGGAAGGAAGUGUUAGGGUGCUCUGCUGAUACCUGCUCCUUGCUGCUGUGUAACCUGCAGGUACCAGUGUCUACAUCACACGAGCUCAGCUGAUGAACUGCCACAUCUGUGCGGGUACAAGGCAUAAGGUUUUACUCCGGAGGCUACUGGCUGCAUUUUUCGAUCGGAACACUCUGGCUAACAGCUGUGGCACUGGAAUCCGUUCCUCCCUGUGUGAUCCCAGUCGGAAACCUCUCGAUAGCAGGAUACUCAAUGCCAUUAAAGUUUAUUGUCAGAACUUUGCCUCGAACUUCAAGGAGAGUGAGAUGAAUGCCAUUGCCGCUGACAUGUGCACCAACGCUCGCAGGGUAGUCCGCAAGCACUGGAUCCCCAAGCUCAAGCUGAUGCUCGCCGAGGGAGAUGGCGUCUACCGCUCCGUCAUCACCGACGCAGCUUCUGGAAAUUUACCGGACGGUACGGCUGGGAACCAGGAGGUGGAGCUGCCGGGAACCGGGCAAAGGCACGAGGCCGCUGGGAUGAGAGCUGCUGGCACUGGCCACAGAUACGAGACAGGUUUCCCGGAGGGCCUGGAAGAUGCCGGGAACAGUAUCGUGGAGGCUCCGAACUAAUGGCGCCCUGCCAGGCGUUCCCAGCGUAAGAGCCAAGCUCCGCAGGGGAGACAGACUGCCAUGUGCGUGGCCUGAUUAACUGGGGAUGGUUGGUGUGAGCUGGUCAGCUGCUGUGUACUGGGCAGGGAGGAGGGCAUCAUUGAACCUUGCCCAGGCAAUGAACCCUCUCGCUGCUGGGCACCGUAAACUGAUUUGGUUCAAUGGCAAUUGGGGUGAUGUGACCAUGAGUGUAAAUCGAGAGCGGAGAAGCAAAAAGGAAGACUUGCAUUUAUAUAGCACCUUUCCCCUCAGGGCAGCCCAAAGUGCUUCACUGCUGACACAGCACUCUCGGAAGUGUGGCCACUGCGGGGAACGUGGCAGCUAAUUUGCGCAGAGCAAGAUCCCACGAAACACAGUGUGUGACGCUGACUGUUUGUUCUGCUGUAGUGGCGUUGACUGAGGGAUAGGUGUGAGCCUGAGCCCUGCAGAGAGCUCCCCUGCUUUUCAGGUACUGUUCACCUGACAGGGCACCCUGGACCCUGUUUCAGUGUUUAAUCUGAAAGCUGCACCUCUGACAAUGCAACACUCCCUCAGUGUGGUUCCCAUUUAGAUAGUGGGACUUGAAUUUCUCACACACACAUGACUAGCACAUUAUUAGGCCCGAUAGUGCUUCAGUGGACAGGGAGAUACUUUGCCACUGAGUUCCGCUCAAAAAAGUCAAGUCCAGAGAGAAAACCCAGAUGGAGAUUUCUAAAAAGUAAUAUUUAUUCUCUGGGGUGUGGUUAGUUUCUUUUGCAUUUGCUGUAACUGUUCCCUAAGCCGAGUGAUUUGCUUGACUAUUUGAAUUGAGAGCCUGCCACAUUUGCUUUAGGUCUGGAGUCUCGUGUGGUCCCAACUGGGUAAGGACGGCAGAUUUCCUUCCCUAAAGGACCAGAAGUGAUCCCGAUGGGUCCGUGAGCAAUCGAUGCUCGUCGCCAUGGUCACCGUUACUGAGAGAGGCUUCCAAAUUCCCCAUGGGUUCCUGACGUCACCAGUUGCUAAGAUUUUGAGCCCAUUUUCCCAGAACAUUCACCUGGGCCUCUGGAUUCCUUGUCCAGUGACUGCGCCAGCAACAGUUCAAGCGGCGUGUUGACUGGGCAAAGUUUCAUAAGGGAGUCAGUCAACUCCUUGCUCAAACUGCUUGAUGGAUUGCACGUUUUGUCUCAUUACUUUGUAUUAGUUGCUACACUGUUUGGCACCCGAAGCUCAGCUCUCCACAGUAAAUUACAUGCACCAUUGAAUUCGCAAAGUGCAGUUCCAAAUAAUCGGUCACUUAACAAAGGUGUGAGUGACUCGCGUGCCAUACCCCCUGCCUUUCCCCAGCACACUGUCCUGGUUAGCAGACCUGUAUAUAACAUCGUUACUUUACAAAUCCAGGCCAUUCAGCCCAACAGUGUUUACGAUCCACAUUAACCUCCCCUCAUUGUUCUUCUGCUAAUUCCAUCAGUGUAUCAUUCCACUCCCGUCUCGGGUUUAUCCAAAUUUCUCCUUUAGAUACGUUGUACUGUUUACCAUGGGAAUGAGUUCCCCUGCUCACUGCACUCUUUGCAAAGAAACUGAUUAUUCGAUACACCCGUGGGUGUCUCCUGUUUGCAGCCCCUAAGUUGGAAGUAAACACUUGUUGGGGUUUUUAUUUAUACGUGCUCUUGUUUAAGUCUCCCAAAGCAGGAGUUACUUUGGGGAUGUGAUGGCCACAAGACAUUGGAACAGCACUCCACUUUUGGGGAGAGCUGGGUGUUGGUUAGCUCAGUUGGUUGGAAGGCUGGUUUGCGAUGCCAGGUGACUCCAACAGUAUGGGUUGGAUUCCUGCACUGGCUGAGGUUACAAUGAAGGUCCCACCUUCUCAAACUCGCCCCUCAGCUGAGGCAUGGUGAGCCUCAGGUUAAACCACCACCAGCCGUGUCUCUCUCUCUCUCUCUCUCUCUCUCUCUCUGAGAGAGCUGCUGUGUUGUUCUCUGGAACUUUGGCAACUUUAGCUUUGCAGAGGUUGGAACUGUGUUUGCGACUCUCAAAAAUCAUGAACGAGUCCAGCGUAGUACUGAGACUACACUGCUGAUGUAGCAUUAAACUAAGGCCAUUUCUGGCUCUUUAAUUGACUGAUAAUAGCAGGUAGUUUGGAAACUAGGCGGAUUUGCCUUUGGAGGAGGAGUGGAGGUGUUCACACAGUCAGAGUGAAAGGGUAAUUCACGGUAUUGCUGUUUGUGGCAUCUUGCUGACACAGAGUGGCCCCCAUUUUCACCUACAGAAUGGCGAUGAGCCAAUAAAAAGAACGUUGUUGUACUUUAGAGAUGUAUAAAUGCAAGUCUCUGACAUACCAGUUGGGAAUGCCUUCUGAAAUGAGCUUACCAUAGUGUUCUCUACUAUAAACAGGUCCCGCGUUUGCCCAGUUUCCCACCACCUUCUCGGCUCUGACCACCUUUCUGGGUCUGGCCCUUCCCUUCCUGUCUGAAAUACUAACGACUAAAUAUGUUGCUUCCAAAGCGUCUGUAACCUGACCUGGCACAGUGGGUACUCCAGAUGAAACAGGGGCAGGGGAAGAACACUGAAUGUUUGGUGGCAGAGGUGGGAAGAAUGUGCAUUUGGCAUUUGCUUGAUGGAACGCAUUGGCGUCAGUCACUGAAGGCAGCAGGCCUCAGGUUCAUUGCAUUCCUUUGGGUUGGCACAGCCUCAAGUAACAUCAGAGGUACCAGUGGGCACUGGGGUACCCCCCAUCGUCAUUCGGGAACCUGUUUGGGUAUGGAAUUUGACAGUGUUGGCCUUGGAGCAGGAAACUUGGAGUAUCGCAAAUUGGAAUGGCUUUUGCUCUCUGUUUCCAUGGAUGGGCAGUCAGUAGUGAUAACGUGUUUGGCAAUUAGGAAUGUAAAUUGUGCUUUAAACCCUGACUUCUGAAGAACGUAAACAGUUUUGGGCUUUGGUGUUUGCAAGACUCUUCACAUUCCCUUUGACUGUGGAACAUUUGGCCGUAGGGACAUGAGUGGGCCCAUUCUUUUAUAGCAGGUCACUCUGAUGGACCAUUUCAAUCUCGGGCCACUUUACACGACGGGAUGCCAGCCCAUGCUCUGUAAUGAAAUGACCCACUAAUUGUUAGUGUGACGUUGUAGCUCCUAUCGGUGCAUGUGUCAUUUUAAAGCUGUAACAUGUGUAAGUGUACAUGUAGCUCCAUGCUUCUUGUUUCCAUUAGCCUUUCAGUGGUGUCUCCCUGCAGAGAGAGAGAGUUUCAUAUCGUGGCAGGCAGCCACUGCAAAGUCAUAACAUCGAGGAGCUUCCAGGAUCUUAAUUUUGCUUGACACCUGCCAUCACCAACCAAAACAUGACCUAGAACUUGUUGGUAGCUUUGAUCCGAUCUAUAUGUUGCCCAGGUGCUGUGUGCUUGGCCUGAGGUAAUGGUCAGCCUGCCUUCCUGCUGUUUGUGCCAUAGCUGGAGACGGUGGGCCAGAGCUGGGUUAACCAGUCCCUUCAGGGGACGUCCUCAGUUACCCUCACUUUGUGACAUGCCGGACACAAGAGCAUAUUCAAGCAACAAAGAACAUUCAUGCGGUACUGGAGGCUCAUAUGGUCUGGGAGUGAGGAAGUCUUUUAUAUAGAGCCUUGGUGAGCCCCACAGCUGGAUAAGCAUGUUCAGUUUUGGUCUCCUUGCAUAAGGAAGGAUAUUCCCUCGUAACAGUGGGAACAACUGAAGUUGGUCGGUGUAGAUCCUGAGUUGAAAGAGCUUUCCAAAGAGGCGAUCAUAUACAAUGGGCCCGUAUUUUGCAGCAUUUAGAAGCGUGUCAGCAGAUCUGCUAGAAACAUCCAGGGUGAGGUAGAUGGGAGAGUUCUGUUUCUCCAGCCAGGCCAGAUCAGAAACAGGGAUCGGAGUCUCGGAAACGGUAACAGCCAGGUGGGAUUAGUUUGGGAACGUGGUCAGCAUGGACUCGUUGGACUGAAGGAUCUGUUUCUGUGCUGUAUGAUUCUAUUAAAUAUUCAUGACUGUAUGAGGUGGAAUAUCUUCAUGUGGAAACUUUGGAAAGCUGUACCCCAGAGAGGGCUGUGAAAGCGCAAUUAUUGUGUACAUUCAAGAUUUCUGCACACGGAAGGAAUCUGAGGGACGGGAAGGAAACGUGGAGUUGAAGUUAAGGACUAGCCAUGAUGCUUCUGGAGGGCAGAGCAGGCUGGAGCAUGUUUACUCUGCUUUUAUUACUUAGAAUGGGUUGGUUCAGUGAGGAGAGCAGAUUUUCUCCCUAAUUCAACAUCAAGGAGCCAUUUCUUUCUGUGACAGGUUUUUCACUGAUUAUGCAUUUGUCUUCAAAUGUUUUAAAAAUUCCAGUUUUCAAACUGCAUUGGUUUCUAACAGGCUAACAGUUCAGUAAAAGAAUACAACUGUCAUUACCACAUUUGAACACUACACAAUUAGUUAGAGAUGAGUUUAAGCAGAUAUAUUGUUGAUUAAUAAAAUAAUUAAAUGCUCACUGCACUGAUGUUACCUACAGCGUGGUUUCCUGUAGAUAAAACAUCUGUGUCUGUCUGCAGUGGUGUCUUUGUUGUAAUUUUGGAGUCAAUUUGCACACAGCCAGUUCCCUUGACAGACAGCAUUGUAAUAAUAUUACAGAUUUAUCGAUUGAAAGAUCUUGUUCUUCAAGAUAUUUGACCUGAAUGAGCUGUUGUGACCUUGGUUUAAUGUCUCAGCCAAAAGGUAGUGUGGUAUUCUCUCAGUACUGCACUACACUUGCAGCCUGGGUGAUGUGCUGAUGUUUCCAUUGUCAUUGUGAGCUGAGAGCGCUCACGACUGCAUCAGAUCUGUCAUAACUCUGGACCCAGGAGUUGACAUUUAGAAGUUUAAGUGCUAAUAAAUCUUUUACCGUGAGAA